CCGUCAUCCCCGUCGAAAUUUUUUUGAACGUUCCAUACCGUUGAUGCCAGAAUGAUUAUUUUUAACAACUUCUGCAGGUCAAUUAAAAUAAAACAAAAUGAAUUUGCAAUAUAUAGGCUAAUAAUACUCAAAUUUUAAUCAUUAUUUUAUGUUCAAUAAAGCAUACUUCUACUAUCAAAUUUUUUCUUCCUAAGUUUCUUGGUACCCAAAUUUUUUCUUCCUAAGUUUCUUGGACUUCAACCGAAAUAGUAAAAACGAUUAAUCAAUGCAUUUUUAAAGUUAUAAUAGUGAAAUACAUUACUCGGUAAUAUCAUGUACCUUGCAUACUUUUGCAUCAUUAUUUAUGAACAAUUAUAAUAGCUAAAUUAUGACUCGCCAGCAUCACUGCUUUACAGUGAAAAGUAACCUCGUUGUAUUUUCUACGUGACGAUUGCGUUAUCGGAUUCAGCCAAUCAGCAGCCGGUUCAAAUUGGUUGAAUGUAACGGUGACCAGCUGUCACGUCUCGUCUUAGGUCGCGUCUUGUCUUAGAUUUUAAUAACCGUUGGUUAAAUUUGCUCGUUGGUAUAUUUAUAAGGGCAUCUUCAGCGGUGGUCUAUUUUUGAAACAACUUUAUACUAGAUUUACACCAGCGAAACCUGAAUAGAACCAGUUAAUAUACAAACUUAAAUUAUCUCGGCGAACUUCCCAACAACCGAUGGAGCUCGGCGAAUUUUUUAUAUUUCGCCAAUAUAUUAGCAUAUUUAAUUAGCAAUAUAUUAGCAAUAUAUUUCGACGAACAUUCAGCAAAUACAUCGAUCUACCGUAAACCAGCAGGUAUUAAAUUUCGUUUGCCGAAGUUCUUGAAAAUUCUGCCGAAAACUUGCAGAACAUUUCGCUGAAUUUAUCAGCUGUUGAGUUCUCGGCAAUAAAAUCUAAGUGUGUAGACCAACUUUUCGUUCUCCGCACCGGUGUUGUAUAUCUUGUUGUUUUUUUUCUUGUUGCUGACUUUUGUCACACUCACCUUCAUUCUUGUUUACGUUCGUAUCCAACAUUCGUACGAAAGUAUGGAUUCGAAUGAGUUCGAAAAUGCCAUUCUUGUUUACGUACAAAGGCCAUACGAAUCCAUUCGUAUCGCAUACGAAUGCGAUACGUAUACGAAAAAGGUGGAUGUCUAUGCAAAAAAGGUUGAUGUCUAGACUUAAGGGUUAGAAAAAGUUUAAACGUCAGGAGAGAAAUGUCAAGUGUGUCAAGCCGAUUGAGCGAGGCUUCUGACGGCAAACAGUUUUUCACUGAAUGAAAAUUUAAUAUUUUUUUUUUUAUUAUAAUUUGCAUAAUAAAAAUACUUUGUUCUUGAAAAUAUCGUCGGUAAACGUAAGCAUAAAACACAAGAAAAUUCCGGCUACUCAAAAUUACCUUUCCAGGAAUGAAAUUUGCAAGCGAAAUAUGAAAAUGGAACCAAAUUUGGUGCAAAAACAUAAGAUCGUCAUGGGCCUGCGUGAAGCAAUAAAACUUAAACUAUUUACAUUUUUUGUGCAGUUUGGGUUGUGUUUUGAAGGAAGUUGAUUCUGCUUAAUUCUAGUAAAUAUUUGUAAUAAUUAGACGUGUGGUCAGGAGAGAGCCGAUAGACUCAAACUGUGAUUUGGCAGGAGUGAUAGUUUUUUCUCAUAUAGGAGACUGAUAAGCAUGGUUGAUAAGAAAAUCAUCAUGGUCUACAAGCGGCCUGAAGAGCAGUUUUUUUUUUGUUACAGAACCUACAGUCGACGACGUUCUUCAUCUACAUUCAGGUCCCGAUCGCAAUCUCGACGUCGCACAACGUGUGACUUAAGACCCAACAGUAGUGAUGGGCUCUGGCUACAUCUGGAAUUGAUUACGACAAUUAAAGUUUGGUCCUCAAUGGAUAAAGAUAUGACUCGUUUCGAUCGGGAGGCAGCCACCAAUCUCAUAGAACGCAACGCAGUGAUGCUGGAAGAAGCCAAGGACACCAUUACGGCGCCGGCCUCGUUUAUGAUACGAAUGCUGGCGUGUAUUCAUUCGCUACGGAAUCGCCGCAGUGCGACCCAAGCCGCUGCGGCAGGCAAUGAUAGUGAAAGUGAUAAUGCCCCACGGGAGGGCAACAAUAACAAUGACGAUAUGACGGCGGCGACCUAUCCCAGAACCGACUCGUCGUCCGACGGUAGAUCGCCGAAACACUAUCUUCAGUUUUAGGUUAAGAACGGGAAAUGUGUUAUUACACACGCUUGAGGAACCUCUAAUUUUUAAAACUGCCUCGCCCUCGCAACUCCGCAGGGGAAAGUGAAAUCUAAACUGAUUCGCUUAUAUAAUGGUUUGUGUAUUAAAAUUUCAGGCGACAGCGUAGGCAAGAAUGAUGUGAUUUUGUUGUAUAAAUAUUUUUAUAAAUAAAAACCAAUAAUAGCCAAAUGUAACUAGUGUUAAGUUUUAGCAAUUUCAUGUCUUGCGUAAAUUUGGGUUCCAUUAAGCUUUCUUUAGAUUUUAUUUCAUAUUGUAUGAGAAUUGUUGGACUUCAAAUGGUGAGUUGACAACCUCGAAGGAGCGGAAGCUGCGGGCCUCAUAAGUUUUUGUUGUCAAUACGACAACAGCUAAGUGCGAGGACGCUACGCGAUCACUUGAGCGUUAACCAUAUUUCAGCGACAGAAGAAAUGCUUCGACAACCCGAGCGGCUGUUCAAUAAGAUAGUGCGACUCAAAACAGCGUCUGUUCCCCUUGUUAAGGGUGGUUGAUCCAGUGUGAAACACGGGAUUGGUGAAAGCUUUACGUGCAGUAGUCGUAAAAAUCUUUUGUACAGGAAGCAACAAAUGUAAAUACAGACCGGAACCGGAACGAAAAUGGACUAACGAUUGGAAACUCGGAUCUGUUGGGCAAAUCAGACAUUGUACAACAAGUAAAACCGCGAUUUAUCGUGAGCAAUGUGUUAGUUAGACUUAGUUUAAUUGCACAUGUAAUAAAAAAUGACAAAAUAUUGUAUCAGCAGGCAUCAGACAAUUUUUGGGAUAGACGGUGUUGGUUUGCUCUCAAGGUAGACCGGAAUAGGGCAGAAGUUUAAUCGAUUCGACUCGUCCAUGUAUUUCAAAUGAGGCAUGUUGCUCUUCGAAGCUUCUGUAAUACAGCCCAAUGUGAGAAUUUUCGUCAUGUA